GCCCGCCCGCGCGGAGGGCCCUGGGCGGCAGCCGUGGCCGGGCGGAGCUGCGAGCUGAGCGGGGAGCUCGCCGAGGGGGUCUGGAGCCGCCGCCCGAAGCUCGCCGGGGUCUCUGGGCAGAGCCAUGCCGCUGUGGGGCGCCGCCCUCGCGCUGUUCCUGGGCGCCCUCGCCUUGCUCCUCCUGCUCGUCCCCAGACUCGUGCGCACAGUCGGAGCGAGGACCCAGCCCGGAGCCCUGAUCCAGAACGACGAGGUGGACGGGGGAGGCCCCGAGGAUCAGUUCAGCGACCGGCGUGAGUCGCUGCCCGGCGGUUGCAGCCUCCUCUGUAAGCCGUCGGCGCUGGCCCAGUGCCUGCUGCGCGCCCUUCGACGCUCGGCGGCGCUGGAGCCUGGACCUCGGCCCUGGCUCUCCGGGCCCCACCUGCAGACCCUCUGCCACUUCGUCCUUCCCGUCGCGCCGGGGCCUGAGCUGGCCCGGGAGUACUUGCAGUUGGCAGACGAUGGGCUGGUGGCCCUGGACUGGGUCGUAGGACCUUGCGCCCGGGGUCGCCGGGUCACCAGCGCUGGGGGCCUCCCGGCGGUGCUGCUGGUGAUCCCCAACGCAUGGGGGCGCCUCACCCGCAACGUUCUCGGCCUUUGCUUGCUCGCCCUGGAGCGCGGCUACUACCCGGUCAUCUUCCACCGCCGUGGCCACCACGGCUGCCCUCUGGUCAGCCCUCGGCUGCAGCCUUUUGGGGACCCGUCGGACCUUAAAGAGGCGGUCACCUACAUUCGCUUCCGACACCCUGCGGCCCCGCUCUUCGCCGUGAGCGAGGGCUCAGGCUCCGCGCUGCUGCUGUCCUACCUGGGCGAAUGCGGCUCCUCCAGUUACAUGACGGGUGCCGCCUGCAUCUCGCCCGUGCUGCGCUGCCGCGAGUGGUUUGAGGCCGGCCUGCCUUGGCCUUAUGAGCGAGGCUUUCUGCUGUACCAGAAGAUCGCCCUCAGCAGGUAUGCCACAGCCCUGGAGGACACAGUGGAUACCAGCAAGCUGUUCAAGAGCCGCUCCCUUCGAGAGUUUGAGGAGACCCUCUUCUGCCACACCAAGAGUUUUCCCAUCAGCUGGGACACCUACUGGGAUCGAAAUGACCCGCUCCGGGAUGUGGAUGAGGCAGCUGUGCCCGUGCUAUGCAUCUGCAGCGCUGAUGACCCUGUGAGUGGGCCCCCAGACCACACUCUGCCUACUGAACUCUUCCACAGCAACCCUUACUUCUUCCUGCUGCUCAGUCGCCAUGGAGGCCACUGUGGUUUCCUGCGCCAGGAGCCCUUGCCAGCCUGGAGCCACGAGGUCAUCUUAGAGUCCUUCAGAGCCUUAACUGAGUUCUUCCGAAUGGAAGAGAGGAUGAAAGGGCUGAGCAGGCACCGGACCUCAUUCCUGGGAGGCUGCCGCCGUUGGGGAAUUCUGCAGAAGCGGGAGGUCUCUCCCUCAUCCAAUCUGGAAGAGAUCUUUAGCUGGAAGCGAUCAUAUACAAGGUGAGACCUGGCAGGAGAAGCCCUUGGUCUUUCAGGGAUAUGGAAUCCCCAAAAGAUAAUGGGGACUGGAUGGGGCAGCUCCAGUGUUUUGCUUCUGAUUCUGCUCCGUCUCUUAAACUGGUUUGUGGAAAGAGAUGGAGCUACCUGCAAACCCACCCUCCCCACCUGAGUGGAACUCCCAUCCAGGCUCUGUCGAACACAUUCCUGCUCAUCCUAAUUAUCCCUGGUCACUGUCUCCUGCCAAAAACUACAUAAGCCAAAGAAUGACACCUUUUAAGUCCAUGGACUCAGGAGAAAAAUGCUUUCUUCCUAGCCACGACUACAGGGAAAAUGAGUUUAUGCAUGUCAUUUGGCUGUUCUGUCCCACAUAAAUAACGCAGUGACUGAUUCUUGAGCUGGAGCCACUUGAUGUAGAAAGGACAGGAUGUUUAUGUCUCAAUCCCACUUCCCUCAUGUGCUCUGUGGUUGUGGCUCUGCUCUGACUUAAUGCACCAGCAGCUGUGGACCCAGGCUCCUGGAGUUGCCUGAGUCUGAAAAAGCAGCAGAGCAGGAAGGGCUGGCAAGGGUGAGAAUGAGGAAGCCUGGCCUUUGGCACGAAGAUCCAUUCUCUAAGAGGAGCUCUGUCAAUCUCAACUGAGAAUGGGGCUGAUCUGGGAUUCUAGCCUAGGCCCUCAAGCCUCACUGGAGGGACCCCAAGGGAUUUUAGAAACAGGAACUGCUCUCACCCACAGUCUAAGGGCUCUGUUAGACACUGGCUCAAGUAGCCAGGUUCUCAAGUAGAUGUUCCCUCUUGUUCCAUUUCAAGGGAUUCCUCCAGAGAAGCCCAGCGAGAGCUACUUUUUCUCCUGAAAUGUGGGUUUUCUCUAAGUCAUUAAGAAGUACAAACCUCAUAACUCAGGGUUUCUUAUUCCCUUUUAUGAUGCCCCUAGCCUCUUCCUUUCCAGAGCCAGGACAGACAUCUGGGACCAGAGGAAACAGCACCAAGAGGUUGAGUAGCACUCACUCAGUGAUAAAUGGAUGUUUCACAUUACAAUGCUUUGUCUCCUCGGUUAUUCAAAAGGCCAUCCAUGUCAAGGUGGAAAGUCUUUCUGGAUCUGACCAGGGGCUACGUGGGUAUUUGGUACUAUGACAAUAAUGCUGAAGACAAGAGUGAAAUAAGGCAUAGAGUACAGAUUGGUCUACAUAUUCUGGUUUGGUUUGGGACAUUAAAUUCUUCCUUUUUUUUUUUUUUUUUGACAAUGAGAGAUCUGGUUCCAUAUUCAAAAAUUUAAUAAGGCUUGCCCUAAAGUUUUAUUUAUUUAUUUUGGUGCUGAGAUUAAAGCCAGGGCCUUGUCCAUGCUAAGUAAGUGCUGUACCACAAAGCUAUAUUCUCAGCCCAGAAUUUUUAAUUCAUCAGUGAGAAAGCGGGCACCUGGUUUUGGUUUUGUUUUUUUCCAGUACCCUGGAUUGAACUCAGGGACUUGCUCUUGCGAGGCAGGUGUGGCCCCCAAGAGAGCACCUGUUUUGACCUCACAAACAUCAAAGCAAUUUUAUUUUAUUAUCACUUUUUGGUACCGGGGAUCAAACUUGGGUCCUUGUGCUUGCGAGGCAGGCAGCGGAACCACUGAGGUAAAUCCUUGGCCCCAGCAAACCAGUUUUAAAAAGACGUUUAUACCAAAAGGCACACCUUGAGUCUUGGGUUGAGGUGUUCCUGGUGCCAUGAGUUCAGAUUCAGAUGGUCUUGCUGCGGUCUCAUUUUUUUUUUUUGGUACGAGGGAUCGAACUUAGGACCUUGCGCUUGUGAGGCAGGCGUGGCGACAUUGAGCUCAAUGCCUGGCCCCAGUCUCAUUCUUUUAGCUAAAAAACAAAACAAAAGAAAAACCCUGAACUAACUCCAGUAAUCUAAACUGAAAUACAGACAACACUCAGUUGUCUAAGGCAUAUUAUCCUGUUGUGAAAAAAA